CCAUCUCUUCCAAACAACCACUUCCUCAACUUCAACUAUCAGAGAAACAACAUAGCAUAUACAACAUAAGACUCACGAAAACAAACAAAAACAAAAACAAAAGCACAGAGUAUCGACCAUGCAGGACAUAGGAAACAACAACAACAACAACCAAUCAACUAACGAGAAAUCAAGCCCAGCAGAACAGAAAACCGACUCACAAGUCAUCCAAAUCAAUCAUGGCGAACAACUCUCACCAUCCAACUCGAUCCAAAUCUCACUCAUCAAACCUCUAGGGAUGGAACCGAGCAUCGGACCAGCUGAUUCGCAACAGCCCGAUCAACUCAUCCAGAUACACUUCCGCAAGACCAAAGUUCAGGAUAUCAAGACUCAUAUCUCUGCAACCUGGAGGGGCAAACCAAAGACCGAUGGGAUCAGACUGAUUGCUCGUGGGAGGAUCUUGAACGACCCUGAAUCAGUCGGAGAGGCACUGGCUAAACCGCCUGAGGAUUCCUUAUCCACUCAUCCAAUCCAUGUCGUCAUUCGUCCCAAUGCUUGGACUGAGAAACUGGAGCCCCCAAGACCCCUUUCGGCCCCUCCGGCUGCUACCAAACAUCUCCCAGUUCCAAUCAGUCCAAUACCAUCCAACCUCAGAUCUGCCUCUCAGUCCUUUGCCAAUCUAUCGAGCCCUACCAACGUUCAGGGUGAUACUAAUGAGGCCCCUAGCCUCCUCCUACCCUCUCGUUCAAACUUCUCAACGGCCAACAAUGGAUCUGGACUGUCCAAUAGUAAUAACCCCUCAUCACCUGGUGUAUUAUUCAACACUUACUUUUCCGGUCUCACGGCCUACGGUCGAUUCAGCUUCAUCCAGAAUAUCUUCCAAGCUCAGUUUAAGAUCACCGAACGCUUGGAUUUCCUUCGUCAUCAACUCCAUACUCAACACCUCAAACUACUCGGGAUCAGUCAUCCGUUAAAAAACUCAAAUGCGAACUCCGAUCCUAAUUUAUCAGAUAGAAAUGAGAGGGAGUGGAAGAGAGUCGAAGGCAAAUUGAUCAGUCUCUUGACCGAAUUAAAGUUCCCACCCCCAUACUCGGGCCAUGCCGAUUCGGCCAAUUCUGAAAAACUGCUGACUGAAUUCGAUCCAUUGUUACCCGACGAGUGUAGCGAAUUUAAACGAGUAGAGAUAGCGGGCUUACCAUAUCUGCUCUACAUUCCAGAAAGUGUGAGCCAGCUAUCCACAAAAGAUGGUUCGACCGGGACGAGCUCGGCCCUCAAGGAGUAUAAAACACUCCAGAGAGACCUCAACCGCACCUUGCGUUUGGAGGCUCAGGUCCAGUAUUUGAUCUUACAGGCCCAGAAAACCCAAGCCAACUUGAACCAGAUGGACGAGAUCAUUGCUGCCGGUCUCCGCCCUCAAGAUGCCCUCGGCAAUGACCGAGAGGUUCAGCAAGCCCAGCGAAUCUUCGACGGCCUCUUCCCACCCAACGCUUUCCCAUUCCCCCGUCCUCCUGGCGGGCCGGCCUUAGGACUCGGUCUCGGUUUAGGGCCUGCUGCUGAUGGGCACCAUCCACCAAACAAUUUCAUGCUUCCCAAUGGACCCUUGUGGCAACACCCCAUGGCCCGAGUCCGCCGGUAUGAGUUUACGAUCAACCUCGAUAGCAUUCGACGCUACAUGGCACCGCUCCUCUGGCUCUCAUUGAAGCUCUCUGUGUUACUCUACAUCUUCGGUCGCCAAGCCAGUUAUGGCAAACUGGUCAUCCUCAUCAUGAUUGCGUUAGGCUGGGUGAUCUGGGAAGCCUAUACUAUCCACCAGAGACAUGAUGCACAAGCCAGACGACGAGACCGCUUACAAAGAGGUCAGCAAGCACCAGGAGCAGCAGCGGGUGCAGCUGCCCCCGCCGCCGACCCAAUUCAAGCGGUUUUGGACCGAGGCAGACGACGUGCUGAACGCGAACGACAGCAGCUCUUAAGAGAACAACGUCAACGAGUCGACGGUAUCCUCGGCAUUGAUAAUCAAGAGGGAGGAGCCGCAGCGCCGAACAACCCCCAGCCUGCCCCGAUAGCCGCGCCCGCCCAACCUGCUCAACCCGCUGGCCCUCCCGCGGUGGUUGAAGCCCCUGCGGCCAACCCGCCUGCUGCUGCUGCUCCCCGUAGAAAUGUCGGACGAGGUGGAUUAAGAGCCGCCGCCGCUGAUAUUCGGGCCCGAGGGGGAGCGUUCCCUCCAGGGACCGAAGUGCGACCAUUCCGAAGCACCUCGGCCUUCUCGCCAAAGUAUUGGUUCAACUCGAUUGCGGUGGUCGGCCUAGCCUCAGAAUACCGGGAACUAGGCCUACAUUCGAUCGGCGAACGAGCGAUGGGGGCUUCGAAUCUGGAAUACCCUCGAUGGUACCGAUACCUUAGGAACUUGAAGACCGGGCUGGUAUUGUUCAUCGGUACCCUCUUGCCGGAGAUCGAGAAGAAGAGACGCAAGGCACUCGAGAAGCGGGCUAGGAUCCUGAACUUGGUGAUUGCUGAUGCCGCCCGUGACACUAAUAACCAGAACCGAAACCCACCACAACCGCAACAACCCCGGGUCCCGGGACCGGCAACAGAACCUAACAACAACGGACCCGCUACCACUCCUCCCCUAGCAUCGGCGACCAAUAUCGCUCAGACUAGCGUCCCCCAGACGCCGAACACUCGAGCGGCGACGAGUGGAGACGGGCAAGACAAUCAGCAGACGCCGCGGGCGGUUGAGGCAACUGCCCUGGAGCGCGUGGGCUCGGCGGGCUCGGAGCAGACGCUUUCCCAUCGUCGGCCGCAUUUGGCUGUUUCCCAGUCCGGCGAACUCGCACUUGGGUCGAACGGUUCUCAACGGGGAGAAUCGGCGGAAACGAUCGAGCGAGCUUCCAGCGGGCGCUCAAACAUCCUUGGCAAAGCGUCCCAGACUGAGCGCGUUGUUGGACCUACUUCACGACGGGCCGAGCCAUCUGGCUCUUCUUCUUCCUCAUCAUCCGUCCCUCCUGCUCCCCCUCUCCCUAGUACUUCCUCCUCCUCCUCUUCCUCAUCUACUGCCCCUCAACAACAACUUCAACAACAGACUCGGGAUGAGAAUCUUCCCCUCGAUAACCCACCCCCUCCUUCCCCGCUCACUCCGUUGGAUACCCCCCAAGUGGUCGGCGGACUCGAUGAUACCGAUGACGAGGAAAUCAUCGGGGCUGAGAACGAGGAGGCAGGGAUGCUCCUCUUCUGAUUACCCCUCACCCUUUCUCUCUCUCUCUCUCUCUCUCGUUUCUUAGCUUACCCUCGUCGUUGUAUAUCUUUCCAGCUUUCCUCUUUUUCCUUCCCCGCCCCCCCUCUUUUUUUAUGCUUUUUGAACAAUCUUUCUCGUGCUUUUGUUUCUUUGGCUGGUUGUUUCAUCAUAUAUACUCUCACUUGUGUAUGAUAGAUAUUCAACUCAAUCUAAAAUUCAAACAAAAAAAAAUCAUCAUCAUCAUCAAAUAAAUAAAUAAACUCAAAAUGCUCUUGUUUUUUAAUCAGUCCUAAAAUUACUAUCUCUUUUCUCUUCCUCCUCUCCUCUCCUCCCCCAAGAAAAAAAUGUGAAGAAAAGGAAGGGUUCCUGGCUACUGCUCAGCUUGUCUCACCAUCAUCAUCACUUGGUCUGGUGUUAUCUUAUCCCAAUGUUCUUUGAUCUUUUAAUUCACGCUUUUCUUUUGAUUGAUUGAUU